AUGUCACUACAGAUGAUAACAGUCAGUAAUAACAUGGCCUUAAUUCAACCAGGCUUCUCACUGAUGAAUUUUGAUGGGCAAGUUUUCUUCUUUGGCCAAAAAGGCUGGCCAAAGAGGUCCUGCCCCACUGGAGUUUUCCACUUUGAUGUAAAGCAUAACCAUCUCAAACUGAAGCCUGCACUUUUCUCUAAGGAUUCCUGCUACCUUCCUCCUCUUCGUUACCCAGCCACUUGCAUAUUCAGAAGCAGCUUAGAGUCUGAAAAGCAUCAAUACAUCAUCCAUGGAGGGAAAACACCAAACAAUGAGCUUUCAGAUAAGAUUUAUGUCAUGUCUAUUGCUGGCAAGAACAGCAAAAAAGUUACUUUUCGCUGCACGGAGAAAGACUUGGUAGGAGAUGUUCCCGAAGCCAGAUAUGGUCAUUCCAUUGAUGUGGUGUAUAGUCGAGGGAAAAGUAUAGGUGUUCUCUUUGGAGGACGGUCAUACAUUCCUUCUUCCCAAAGAACCACAGAAAAAUGGAAUAGUGUAGCUGACUGUCUGCCCCAUGUUUUCUUGGUGGAUUUUGAAUUUGGGUGCUCUACAUCAUACAUACUUCCAGAACUUCAGGAUGGGCUAUCUUUUCAUGUCUCUAUUGCCAGAAAUGAUACCGUCUAUAUUUUGGGAGGACAUUCACUUGCCAAUAACACCCGCCCUACCAACCUAUACAGAAUAAAGGUUGAUCUCCCAUUGGGUAGCCCAGCUGUGAAUUGCACAGUCUUGCCAGGAGGAAUCUCUGUCUCCAGUGCAAUCCUGACUCAAACAAACAAUGAUGAAUUUGUUAUUGUUGGUGGCUAUCAGCUUGAAAAUCAAAAGAGAAUGGUCUGCAACAUCGUCUCUUUCGAGGACAAUAAGAUAGAAAUUCAUGAGAUGCAGACCCCAGAUUGGACCCCAGAUAUUAAGCACAGCAAGAUCUGGUUUGGGAGCAACAUGGGAAAUGGAACUGUAUUCCUUGGCAUACCAGGAGACAAUAAACAGGCUACUUCAGAAGCUUUCUAUUUCUAUAUGUUGAAAUGUGCUGAAGACAAUGUGAAUGAAGAUCAGAAAACACUCACAAAUAGUCAGACAUCAACAGAAGACCCAGGGGACUCCACUCCCUUUGAAGACUCAGAAGAAUUUUGUUUCAGUGCAGAAGCAUGUAGCUUUGAUGGUGAUGAUGAAUUUGACACCUAUAAUGAAGAUGAUGAGGAAGAUGAGUCUGAGACAGGCUACUGGAUUACAUGCUGCCCUACUUGUGAUGUGGAUAUCAACACUUGGGUACCAUUUUAUUCAACUGAGCUCAACAAACCUGCCAUGAUCUACUGUUCUCAUGGAGAUGGGCACUGGGUCCAUGCUCAGUGCAUGGAUCUGGCAGAAGACACGCUCAUUCAUCUGUCAGAAGGAAGCAACAAAUAUUACUGCAAUGAACAUGUGAAGAUAGCAAGAGCACUGCAAACCCCCAAAAGAGUACUACCCUUAAAAAAGCCUCCACUGAAAUCCCUCCACAAAAAAGGUUCUGGGAAAAUUUUUACUCCUGCCAAGAAAUCUUUUCUUAGAAGGUUGUUUGAUUAG